GCUCUCCUAUUCUACAAUUUCUGAGUUCUCUCGUCCUCGCGAAAACGCCUAUCUGAUAGUCAGGCGUUUGGGUCCCUCCGAACGGAUACGAAAGAAUGUACGACGAAACCCCGGAAGAUCCGGUGCUGGAGCAACGACAAAGCAGGCUGAGGCUACUGUAUGAGCCCCUGUCGCUGCUCGAUACACUGGACCAAACGAGAGGUGAUCGCAUCAGGCCCGACGAUGUCCCAUCGCAUGACGCCGAAUUUAGCCUGAUCGGAAGCCAACGGUCCUUUGUCAAUGCAAUCGCCUACAUCUGCGCAUACAAGAAAGGCCCGGCCUACGUGACCGCUGCCGCGUUGGAAAAGGCGCCAGAAGAGAUAGUUCUGUGGCUCGCAGCAAAUAAGGGCAUAGAACCCGCGGUAAUCGAUUUUUUGAACCCGGUCGUGAAAAUCAUCACAUGGCUAGUCGGCAAGACAAGUGCCAGGUUGGAAAAUGAGGAAGGGGCAUCGGCAUUGAACCUCCUGACGGGCAAGACCCUGUCUUUCAAUUCCCCCAGAAUCUAUUCAUACUAUUGCCAGAUAGUGAACCACGCGGCUCCCGAUGUGGUGCCUGAGUUGGCUCGGGACCCACGUUUUCGAGAUAUUCCAAAAGUUAUCGAGUUCAGAAAGUGGCUGGCUAGUCAUCUAUAUGAAGAUGAUGAAGAUCAUGUCCAACUCCAGGAGCGUGAUAUGGAACGCCUUGCCAAGAAAUGUUACGAAUCACGGAAACUUUUCAAUGUUCUCCGAAACUUGGGAGGGGAUCCACGGCAGACUGAGCGUUUCGAGCAUCUGUACAAGCUGCUGGGAAAGCUCGGAAAGCAUGUGGUGAUGUGCAAGCGGCUGGUGGAAGCGAGUAUUGUGCUACGGACGGAAUUCUUGCGUGGACUGACCGUCAAAACGGUCCCGAGAUCCAGAGAGCGCCAAAUUCCGCUGCGCCGCAAAUGUAAUGUGGACGGGAUUGCAAAUCGCAUUUUUCGGAAACCUACCGAUAGGGACAGGUUCAUUGCUCGCUUGGAGACGAUCUAUACCGCGGACGACUUGAACAAGCGCUUAGAGUGUCAGUAUGGUCAGACCAAGACUUUCGUGCACGCCGAACUCUUGUUGUUUAAUCACCUUGAUACGAUUGAUGGGGAUUAUCUGGACAACAGCGACAAAUACGUGGGAUGCAGUAAGCCCGCGUGCUACCUCUGCUACCAAUAUAUCUGCACUCAUCCCGGUGGAUAUGCACGUCCGCCCUCCCAUCAGAAACUUUACCUGAGGUGGCGUCUUCCAGAUAUCAAACAAGCGCAGCCUCUUGCCGCUAUCCUGUUUCAGCGGCAAAAGGAAGUUCUUGAAAAAAUGAUCAUCACCGUGCGAUCCGACUUGAAUAACGAAGUUGCCACGCGCGUCGGUAGGCGGAAGAGUGAAGUCGACUCCACGCACGCAGAAACCUCGAGCUUGUAUGAGAUCAAAAAAUUGGAGGAUGCAGUGGCCUCGAUGUCGUUUGCCGAGCUGCUACGAGAAAUCGAUCCAUCAGUGCAGCACACGCCGCUUCCUGAUCUGUCCUCUGAGACGGAGGUCGUCAGUUCUCCCUCGUCCUCGAGCCAGUACAGCCCAGCGCCCGACAGUGCAUAUUACUCAAGCGACAGCGAUGGAGGUGUUGGUAUCUGAGACUUGCAGUCAUGCAUACGGCAGUUGGGGAGAGAU